CCCUGGCUGACAGACUGAGCGAAAACAGAUUUUAUCAAUGGUCCUCCGAAUCCCUCUCCGUCGAAGUGCUAGCUUCACUCCAGACCACCAGCCCGUGGUGGAGGGAUCCAUUCCCACGCCACUGAAAAUGGAAGCAAACAUCGUGGUACUUGGAGCAGACCAGGUGGGGAAAUCAGCUUUGACAGUGCGCUUUCUCACCAGGAGGUUCAUUGGAGAAUACGGGGAUAUGGAGUCGAUCUACACCCACACUUUGGCAGUGGAAGGCAAAGAGAUUCUUUUUCACAUUUGGGACUUUCCUUGCUCGCAGGAGCGGACGGACGACAGCUCGUCCGAGGAUAAGCGCGUACAGUGGGCUGACGGCUUUGUCCUGGUCUACAGCAUCUGUGACCGGGCCAGCUUCAACAGCGUCCAGCCCAAGGUCCAGUUCAUCAAGGCGGCCAAAGAAGGGCUGAGCCAGGAGAAAGUGCCCAUUGUCAUUGUGGGGAACAAGCGGGACCUGCAUCAUCGGCGAGCCGUCUCCAGCGAGGAGGGCCGGCUCCUGGCACUCUCCAUGGACUGCGAGUUCUACGAGGUGUCUGCGGCGGAGGCCUAUCAUGGGGCCGUCAUGGUCUUCCACGGACUGGCGGAACGCAUCUGCGAGGCCAAACUGGCCCUGAAGAAAGGCACUGGGAUCCGCAGCAUCGUCAAGAGUGUGUCUGCUGUGUUUGCCCGGAAAAGGACAGACUCGAUGUGAGAUAAGAUGGGCUGGGAAUUUGGGAAUACCGGGGCCUCCGGCUUCCUCUUCCACACAGAGUGGAACAUGUGAUCUCUCUUGCCUCAAGUGAUGUGCCUCCUCAUCCCUCUCACCCCUGUACCUGAGACAGGAAACGGCAGGAUCUUUCCAACCCAAUAGACCUGGGAUGUCAAAACACAAGAGGGGUCAGCCUUCCCACAAGGGAGGAAACACAAUUGUCUCCUGCACCCUGCCCCAAAACCUU